AUGGCGCUGCCCAACAUGGCGCUGCCCAGCAUGGCAUGCAGCAUCCCCAAAGCACAACAGCCCAUGAGCUGCCAUUACGCCCACCCCGCCUCUGCCGAGGAGAAACUGAGUCCAAGCCUCCUCCUGGCAGCCACCCUUGUCCUCCUGCACCAUGGCACUUUGGCCAGGAACCUUCCUACGGCCAUGCCAGGCCCAGGCAAGUUUGGAUGCCUUAGCCACUCCCAGAACCUGCUGACCGCCAUCAGCAACACUCUUCAGAAGGCCAGAAAAAACCUAGAAUUUUACUCCUGUACUUCCGAAGAGAUUGAUCAUGAAGAUAUCACAAAAGAUAAAACCAGCACAGUGAAGGCCUGUUUACCCCUGGAAUUAAUCACGAAUGAGAGUUGCCUGGCUUCCAGAGAGACCUCUUUCAAAACCAAUGGGAGUUGCCUGGCCCCUGAAAAGACCUCCCAUAUGAUGACCCUGUGUCUUAGUAGUAUCUAUGAAGACUUGAAGAUGUACCAGGUGGAGUUCAAGGCCAUAAAUGCCCAGCUUUGGAUGGAUCCUGAAAGGCAGAUCCUUUUAGAUCAAAACAUGCUGACAGCUAUUGAUGAGCUGAUGCAGGCCCUGAAUUUCAACAGUGAUACCGUGCCACGAAGCUACUCCCUUGAAGAACCAGAUUUUUACAAAACUAAAAUCAAGCUCUGCAUCCUUCUCCACGCUUUCAGAGUGCGUGCAGUGACCAUUGAUAGAGUGAUGAGCUAUCUGAAUACUUCCUAAAACGCUGAGGUCCCUCCCAUCCUUCAAGUCAUUUUUACAAAAAUUGGAACAAAAGAAAUGUUAAUAGAACGUGGAGUAAAAACUUAGAGUGGGGGGAUAGCUUAACUCGGUCCUAUUUAACCUCAGACAGGAAGCUUUAUGUUUUGGUUUACUUUGGCACACCACCCACAAUUUGAAGGAUGGGACUGUUACAUCAGCAAGAUUCUUUGGAUCGACUGUCUUUCAUAUUUACUAUGGAAAAGUUGUUUUUAAGUUUUCAUGAGCAAAUCGCUAAGG